GGACUGGUUCAACCAAUCAGAAUUCAGCACUUUAGAGCGCAUGCGCGGUGAAUACUGAGCAUGGCAGGACGACGUGCAGAGUCACAACCCACCAGCUAAACAGGUAAAGAAUGCCAUAACACAAUUUCAUGGCUCUGAAAUUUGGGCGAAGACUGCACCUGCUGAGGCAAGCCACUCCUCUUUACCUCCGCUCUUCUGUCACUCAGAAUCUGUGUGUCAGGGAACAUGUGUGCAGCUCGGGCAUGCCCUCACUUCGUUCUCAGUUUCUUCAGAACUGGGAAUUGGGACGUAGACAUCUGUGCAUCAACACUCGCCAGCCUGUCUUUCUCUUAGCUGGAUCCGCCCAGCCUUUCUGUGACUCAUCUACAGGGGGAGGUCUCACAUCUCUAUUGCAUGGACUGAGCUCUGAUGAGGGUCGUGCCUUUAAGGAAUGCCUUUCAGCCUGUGCAUCUUCUCAACAGGUCCUGCACCUCAUACGCACUUCGUCAUUUCUCUCAGGUGCAGCUGUCAGUGCUGUUCUUCACCGGCUGGCUGAUCUAGAGCAGGAUGGAUCCAGAAGGCUUCGGGACCCAGUGACGCUGCUGUCUGAUGCAGCGUUAAAUAAGAUGUGUUUGAAGUUAGAGCAGGACCUGCCAGAGCUGGAAGACGAUGUGGUGGUCCAAGCUCUGCUGGGCUGCACACGGCUCUAUUUGGACCCAAGCAGCCAAUUGGUGACAAGAUUGAUCUCUGAAAGCCAGGUACGGCUGGACAUGGGCCGUCUGAGCAUCGAAACGCUGUGUGAGUUAGUCUGUGCUCUUUUUGCAAUAGAAGGUCCCCAGUCUGGCAUGCUUGUGCGUGCUAUGAGGCAGAUCCAGAACAAAGAUCCUGCUCAAUGGAAUACUAGUAGUCUAACUUCUGUCUAUAGCAUGUUAGCUGCAGGUUUGGGUGAGGACGGACUCCACCAGGACUUGCUGAAUAAAAUGAAUGCUCGGGCGCUUAGCCUAGCUAUGCGAAUGGAUCCUCCAAUGGUUAGCAAAACACUGGGAGCUCUGGUCACACUGAACCAAACACAGGCUCUGCCACUUGUAAUUGCACUCUGUAAACAGGCUGUCCGUCACGUUCCAAACUUUACAGAUACAGAACUGUCCAUCGUAUUGUCUGCGCUUAUGCACUAUGGACACAGCGAUCACUUCCUCAUUGAAGCUCUUGAACGGCACGUGCCCAAGAUAGCCUUUACAGCUCACCCCGAGACGGUAACCAAAGUGAUGCAGUAUUUUGGCCGGCGACGCAUUUUUUCACCACCCGUGUUCGACGCGGUGGCCGAAAGCUUUGUUUACAGGGCAGACGACUACACCACAGAACAGGUCUCUCGGCAGAUAGCAGCACUCGGAGUAGUAAGAUACUUGCCUCAGGAGGCUGGCAGACUUUUUCGAAAGGUAGAGACUUUGCUGAAUGCACGCUUUUCAAACUUUCAGCCACGGAGUCUGCUAGAGUUGCUACACGCUUGCACCCUGCUUCAGAGAUACCCGCUCAACUUUGUCUCAAAAGUCUUCAGCACAUACUUCCUCCAGCAGCUUCAGGAGGAGGGAGGUGCUAUUGAUCAGGCAGUGCUCGCUCAGCUUACACAGCUCUACAUGACAAUGAAGCUGGAGUGUCCAUUCUAUCAGGGUCCACGACUUUUACCCAAGCUGCGUGUGAAGUCAUUUUUGUCCUCAGGAUCUAAUUUGGAGAGCCAACUUGACCCUCAUCUGUAUAAUGUAGUGAAAAAUGGCCUAGUGGAUCUCCUGGGAGCGCGAUCUUACUUUGCCUCCAGGGUCCUUACACCAUACUGCUACACACUCGAUGUAGAGAUAAAACUAGAUGAAGAUGGUUAUGUUCUUCCAGCCAGCCAAGAACCUGAGGAAGUGUACAGAAGAAUUGCUUUGUGUAUUGAUGACCGAAAGCGAUUUUCUGCUAAUGCCAGACAACUUCUAGGAAAGGAAGCUAUCAAGCAGAGACACUUGAAGAUUCUUGGGUAUGAAAUUGUCCAGAUUCCCUAUUAUGAGUUUGAAAACCUGAAGGACAAGGUCAGCAUAAUCGAAUACCUGCACAAAAAGAUUUUCCCACACACUUACAGACUCAGUUGGUGAUUACUGGUUCACCACACACAUUUAGUAGUGAUGCAGCCUGACAAACACAUGCAGACUACAGUGAUCAUGGACUAAUGAAAUAAUGUGUUGCAAUAAUUACCUCAAUUUACUCUUAAGUUGAGUGUUGUUUUUUAAUUACUUUAUAGUAAAUAUCAACUCUGAUAUCGUUGUAUAGUCUGUAAAGCAUUUAUAACCUAAAUGCAGGACUUAUGUAAAUAGGCUGUUAUAAUAAACCAAAAUGAUCACAA